AUGAUGAUCCUCGCACACGGCCUCCUCUUCCUCCUCGCUGCUCCGACUACGCUGGCGUGGUACGGCGGCGGCGGCGGCGGUGGUGGUGGACAGACGUGCAGCACUGCUACCUCGCACACCUGCACUACUAGCACGCACACCGGCCCCGCGACCACCGUCGUGUCCACCUCGUGCGCACCGUGCACUACCACCAAGACUGAGUCGUGUGACCAGACGACCACGACCACGUCGUACACUACCAAGCACGCGACCACCACGCCCACCGUGUGGAUCACCGCCCCGCCCACCAUCACCAAGACGGUGACCGCGACGACGUCGUACCCGUGCAUCCCGUACGCCAAGCGCACCGCCGCGGCCGUCGACGACGGCCUCACCAACGCUCAGCGCCUUGCGCGCGGCCUGCCGCCCCGUGCGCCCGCCCUCGCGCGCUGGUACGGCGGCGGCUGGGGUGGUGGUGGUGGCGGCGCGUCGUGCGUCCCCACCACUACCACUGUCGUCGACACCGUCGUCGUCACGUCGCCCAUUUCGACCGUCACUUCGUGGACUUCGACCUGCGAGUUCACCUCCACGACGAUGGAAACGCCACAGCACACCCUGACCGUCACGCGCACCACGACCGACACGGUCGCUGGCACCAAGACGAUCACGGAGACCACGACGCCGUGGGACGAGCACACCGUGACCGCCACGCACACUACGACGGGCGCGUGCUACUACGGCGCCAAGUGGAAGCGCUAA